AUGAGUAUACUAAAAAAGAAGAUAGGCAGCAGAAAAGGGUUAUGGGCUGACGAGCUCCCAGAAAUUUUGUGGGCUUACAGAACGAUAGCAAAAACCUCAACAGGCCAAACACCUUUCGCCCUAGCCUAUGGGAUUGAGGCGAUGGCACCAGUAGAGGUCAGAUUACCAAGCUACAGAAGAAGAAAUUUUGAUCUAGAAACAAACGUGGCAGGGUUAGAAGAAAGCUUAGACCUGUUAAAGGAGAUAAGGGCAGAUGCAGAAGUUAGAGUUGCGGCUUUUAAAAAGAAGGUGGAGCAAUACUUCAAUAAACGAGUGAGGCCCAGGUCAUUCAAAGCAGGUGACUUAGUACUGAAGGAAACCUGCGUGACCACGGGAGAAGAAGGGAAAUUAGGCCCUCUGUGGGAGGAACCUUAUGCUGUAGUGGCAAGCCACUGGCCGGGGACUUACCAACUCUAG